AUGAUCCACACCAUUUUCCUGUCCAAGGGCUACCAUUCUGCUGCGAAUGAUGUUCCACCCAUAACCAGCGAGGUCCUGAUUAAUACGAAUUUCACUUCCAUACUGCAUUACACAUCAUCUGUUUAUACGAAUUACACUUCGAUACUGCAUAACACAUCAUCUGUUAAUACGAAUUACACAUCCAUACUGCAUAGCACAUCAUCAGUUAAUACGAAUUACACUUCCAUACUGUAUAAUACAUCAUCAGUUAAUACGAAUUACACUUCCAUACUGUAUAACACAUCAUCAGUUAAUACGAAUUUCACUUCCAUACUGCAUUACACAUCAUCUGUUUAUACGAAUUACACUUCCAUACUGUAUAACACAUCAUCAGUUAAUACGAAUUUCACUUCCAUACUGCAUUACACAUCAUCUGUUUAUACGAAUUACACUUCGAUACUGCAUAACACAUCAUCUGUUAAUACGAAUUACACUUUCAUACUGCAUAACACAUCAUCAAUUAAUACGAAUUACACUUCCAUACUGCAUAACACAUCAUCAGUUAAUACGAAUUUCACUUCCAUACUGCAUUACACAUCAUCAGUUAAUACUAAUUUCACUUCCAUACUGCAUUACACAUCAUCAGUUAAUACUAAUUUCACUUCCAUACUGCAUUACACAUCAUCUGUUGAUACGAAUUACACUUCCAUACUGUAUAACACAUCAUCAGUUAAUACGAAUUUCACUUCCAUACUGCAUUACACAUCAUCUGUUUAUACGAAUUACACUUCGAUACUGCAUAACACAUCAUCUGUUAAUACGAAUUACACUUCCAUACUGUAUAACACAUCAUCUGUUAAUACAAAUUACACUUCCAUACUGCAUAACACAUCAUCUGUUGAUACGAAUUUCACUUCCAUACUGCAUAACACAUCAUCAGUUAAUACGACUUACACUUCCACACUGCAUUACACAUCAUCUCACAUCAUCAGUUAA